AUAUAUUAGGCGUUAAACUCAAAGAUAUGCCACAAUUACUCGAUCCCAAUACCGAUGUCUCGACGUUACCAUCAUUUAUGUCCAGAUCAGCCGUUGAGCAGAGGAUCAAUCAGUUGUUGCAAUACAUAUCUCGUCCGGACUCUGCUCUCAGUACAAGACGUCGAUUACGGGAAUUGAGUAGUCUUUUGGCCACAUAUCCCGAUGCUAUCCAUUACGCGGUCGCCAAUCGGGCCAUUCAAACGGUAAUAAGGCUUAACCAACGGACAGAGGAGCUGAUGGUUCGCCAGCACUCGAACCAAGUGUUGGCUCUUUUGGGUUAUUGUGAACCACCGAAAGGCAAUGGCAUUCGUAUUCUUAGCAUUGAUGGCGGAGGCACUCGAGGAAUACUUGUGAUCGAAAUACUUCGUGAGUUGGAACGACUGAGUGGUAAACCCGUACACGAGAUGUUUGAUCUGAUCUGUGGUGUGAGU